GACCAGCACAAUCGAUCCCCCUAUACAUGCCCCUGCUCACAUCCUACUCAACAUCUAGUCUCUAUAGCUCAUUCUCCGUUGUCGUGCGGGACCUUGGAUCAAACCGCCCUAUAUAUUGCACUCCGGGAUUUCGUUCGAUUGAGCAGCCUCAGCCAACCUAUACGCUACGCCGCACAUAGGUGCAUUACUCCUCAACCUACUCGCUACUUAGGGGCCACACGCAACCAUGAUGAACGACAAUGCUUCAGCGACACCGCGCCCGUGUCCGCCAGCCAAGGCACGCAGACUACCUUCUAUGCAGUUUCCCAAGUUUCCGCCACCACCAUACGCUCUUUCACUCGAUCAGGUCAUAGUGGAUCAUGCCGACCAAGGCAAGCACGCAGUCGAUGGCCUACCGCUGCCCGUCCCCACUCCAGAUGCAGAGGACUGGCUGAACGAGCGAUCCAGGGAGGAGCUAUCCGAGCUGCUGCUGAAAGCGGACCAGCUCAUCAAAUCCCGUGAAUCAGAGCUCGGUCUGACAUCUGCGCUGUGCAAGACGCUCUACGAAGACAAUGUCGCACUCAAGACCAAGCAUGAAACACUCCUGGCGCGCCUCCCCACGUCCCCAGCGCCUAGCACCCCUACCUCCCCUCUGUUGAGGCCGCAUUCUCCCCAUCAGCCGAGCGAUGUGAACUACUCCCGAUCACCCACAUACAGCGAGGCCUCCCUAGCUCCCCCUAGUCACCGGCACGCGCGCCGGGUCUCCAUCACGCAGGGCGAGCUCGCGCGCCUUGCCGACCAGAAUGCCGAGCUGCUGGACAAGCUCGAGAAGCUCGAGACAGAGUCGUUGCAGGCUGAUCAGGCGGGAAAGCGGAAGCUGCGGAAGCUCGAGCGCGAGAUCCAGGGGCUCCGGGAGGAGCUGGAGAGGACUCAGGCGAAGGAGGCUGAGCUGGAGCGGCAGGCACUUGCGGUGCCGCCCCUGAGCGAAGAGGAGGCGCAGCGGCGGAAGGAGGAGCGAGAAGAGCGUGUGCGGGUGCUGCGGGCGAAGAGUGGAUCGAUGUCGGAGUCGGAGGGCAGCAUUGACGAGGGCGUCAAGGACUUUGCACCUCCGUCGGAGCUGCUUGGAUCGAGCAGUACCAGAAUAACUCCAACGGCUGCCUCGUUUCCGUCGCCGAAAACACCUCCCGGAAACUAUCUUACCCAGCCCACGUUGCCAGCCUCAGGUCCACUAGAGGAAGAGCUCGAGUCCGUCUGGGCGCAAUCCCGUCCGACGAGCAUGUAUUCACUGUCCGGCGCAGAGUCCGUCAUCGUCUCCCAGCUGCUGCUCAAGGUCCGCGAGCUCGAGGAGACGAACGCGCAAAUCAAGAGGCAGCAAGAGCAGACUGACGAGCGGCUUCGGUCUGCGCGGGUAGAUGCUGAGAGCAUGAAGCGGAUGUACGAGUGCCUUGACGGCGAGGAUGGCCUGGAGUUGGUGCUAGACACGGAGGACGAGAUGGAUGACAGCCCGACGAAGGGCAAACGGAUAGCGUCUGGCGGUAUGGUUACGUUCAGCAGCCUGCGGCGGUCGAUCCAUCGGGAUAUGAGCAAGCUCCUCGAGCCGCAGGAGCAAGACGGAUUCACUAUUGGGAUUACUGCGAACAUGCAAAGUACUACGCGGGGCAGUGUUGCACGCAACCUGCAACAUCCAGCUGGCAGGCCGCGCAAGACUGUUAUGGGCCUCUUUGCUGAUACUGGGGCUGGAGAUGCGCUUCAGGCUGCAUCCGGCAGUCCUGGUAUCCUACCCUUCCGUGAGUCGGAGCUCGGAGAUUUCACCACCUGGUCUACUGCUGCGACAGACGGGAUACCUCUUCCUUUUGGGACAGCUCGCAGUGUACAGACGCCAACAGAAAGAUCGGGCCUACGAUAUGGGCGCACGCUAGGCAGCGAGCUCGGCAGUGACCUCGGAGAUGACUGGGGUGCCACUGCAGGCAAUGAUCAUCUGCGCACCACGAGCCUGUAUGAGAUCGCCGGAAUGGACAUUUCACAAGAAUCGUUCAGGUCGCCUAGCCCGGGCGAGCGGCCCACGCUCGGUUUUCCUACGUCGAGUAAUGCAGAAUCCCCUGGCGGCCCUAUCCUGGGGCAGGAAGGCUGUGGCGCAGACCCGGGACCCUCGACGCCCCCGCGCAUAUCUGGCUUGCAGCUCAACGUGCAGCCUCCGACGCCAUCGCCAGAUCAGCUGAAGGCGUACGAGAGGCAGUUCCGCCUGUCGCAGACCGUGCGCUCCCGCACGCACCGGUGGGUCGAGGGACGGUUUUCGCCGCCGGCUCUUCCGGAAGACGACUCUGUGCGGCGGUACCCUGGGACGAGCCCUAGGAUGCGUUCUGGGCUGGACAGUGUCAUGAUAGGCGCGCUCAACGAGGAGGUACCCGAGAUAAAGAAGGCCAAUAGAAAGGACAACAUGCGCUCUUCUACGAACGCAAGUCGCGGCUCUGAGUCUAUUGCUCAGGGACCCGCAGAUGCGGAUGCAGGUGCGGGUAGCGAUCGUGCCACGGUCCAGCUACGUGCGGACUCGUCAGCGAUCCUGGGCGCUGCGGGUACGCGGAACGAGGGAUUCACAGGGUACAUCCUGGAAGUAUGGCUUUGGCUGCAGUUUGUGAUCGUCAUACUUGUGUUUUUGUGGGCGAUGGCGAAGAGAGGGCCGAAGAGUGUGCUGGAAGAGGCGGAGCAGCGGCGGCGGGCACCUGGGGGUGGUGCUUUGCCAUCCUAGAGCUGCUGCCUGGGAUUUUGGUUUAUGUAGGGAUCUCACUGACGAUAUGCGUCAUAAUCUGUAUCCACAUUCAUUGUAUAUCACAUAUCUAUCAGCCCUAUAAUUUUUUGGGAGACUGUCGAGGGUCCCCGAGGAUGUCGCGCGGAUGCGGAGUGGUUUGGGAAGCGGGCGCUGGUGCACGAUGAGGCGGAAUAUCCGACUAUAUUUAGGAC